AUGUCAGGAGACAGCAUGACAGCUGUACGAGGAGCCCACUCAAACAGCGCGAGCUCCGCUUCACCCAAGGAGAAUGGACAACCAGCUCAGCCCAACUUUCCCCAUCCCUCAUCCGUGAGCGCAGCGGACGCGUGUCCAACCAGCGAGCUGACCCACACCUGGGUCCACUUUGUGAAAACCUUCGUGCUCAUCUUCCCAAUAUAUGUUUUGGGCUAUUUUGAGUUUAGUUUCAGCUGGCUGCUGAUUGGACUUUUUAUCUUUUUCUGCUGGAGGAGAAGCACUGGAGGAAAGCGCACCCGGCUGAGCCGAGCUCUGGCUUUCUUUGACCAAGAAGAGGAGAGAAGUGCCAAGCAGGGUCUUACAACCUCAGAUUUACCACCAUGGGUCCAUUUCCCAGAUGUGGAGCGAGUGGAGUGGAUAAACAAGACGGUGAGACAGAUGUGGCCCUACAUCUGCCAGUUUGUGGAGAAACUGUUCCGCGAGGUGAUCGAGCCGGCAGUGAAGGAGUCCCACACCCAGCUCAGCACCUUCUGCUUCAGCAAGAUUGACAUUGGGAAUAAACCCCUCAGGAUCAACGGGGUCAAGGUUUAUACAGAAAAUGUGGACAGGAGACAGAUCAUCAUGGACCUACAGAUCAGCUUUGUUGGGAACACUGAGAUUGAUGUGGACAUCAAACGCUACUACUGCAAAGCUGGCAUCAAGAGCAUCCAGAUUCACGGCGUGUUGAGGUUGGUGAUGGAGCCGUUGCUAGGGGACAUGCCUCUCGUUGGAGCUCUGUCUCUGUUUUUCCUCAAGAAGCCACUUCUAGACAUAAACUGGACUGGCCUCACUAAUAUCCUGGACAUUCCUGGGCUCAACGGCUUCUCCAACAGUCUGAUCCAAGAUGUCAUCUACAGUUAUUUAGUUUUACCCAACCGAGUCACUAUCCCACUGGUCGGAGAGGAGAAACUGGCCAAGCUACGCUUCCCAAUGCCCAAGGGAGUCCUAAGGAUUCACUUCCUGGAGGCCCAGGAUCUGGAAGGGAAGGAUCACUUUCUGGGAGGGCUGAUCAAGGGCAAGUCCGACCCUUACGGUGUCCUGCAGAUCGGCAACCAGCUGUUCCACAGCAAAACAAUUAAAGAGAGUCUCCAUCCCAAGUGGAACGAAGUUUAUGAGGCUCUGCUAUACGAACCCUCCGGUCAACACCUCGAGAUUGAGCUGUUUGAUGAGGAUCCGGAUAAGGAUGAUUUCCUUGGAAGCCUCAUGAUUGAUUUGACUGAGCUACACAAAGAGCAGAAGGUUGAUGAGAUCCUCUCCUUGGAGAAGCAGACAUCGUCAGACCUGCCGUCGUCCGUCCAGGUCAGGAAGUCCAGCGUCCCACACCCGGCCUCUGUUCCCUCCCUAAGUUUGUCUCCGUCAGAGUCCCCUCCGCCCUCUGCCACGCCGCCGCAGCCCGUCCACGCCUCCACGCUCACCCUCCACGACCCGGACGGAGAGCCGUACUCGGCCAGCCCUCGCCGCAGCACGUCCAACCUGAGCACCUGCAUGUCGAGCUCCCAGAAACACCUUCCUCACAGAGACUCCACCCCCAGCCUGGCCUCGGACAUCUCUCUGCCCACCGCCACCUUGGAGCUCCAGCAGAGACUCCAUCAGCUGCAGAAUGGCUCCGCCCCCAACCAGUACUCCCUGGGUGAGAUCCAGUUGACGGUUCGCCACAGCUGUCAGAGGAACAAACUGGUUGUCGUGGUGCACGCCUGCCGCAACCUGAUAGCCUUCACCAAAGAUGGUUCAGAUCCUUUCAUACGCCUUUAUUUGCUGCCUGACAAGAGCCGGACGGGGAGGAGGAGGACAAAUACGCUGAAGAAGACUCUGAAUCCCAUUUAUGAUCAAACGUUUGAGUUUAGUGUAUCUAUGGUGGAGCUCCACAGACGAACUCUGGAUGUGGCUGUGAAGAACGGAAGGAGCAUCCUGUCAAAACACAAAGGACUUCUGGGAAAGGUGUUGGUAGAUUUAAGUGGGGAUGAUGUAUCAAAAGGAUUAACACAAUGGUAUGACUUAAGUGAGGAUGGUUUAUCAUCUCAAAGCUUUAGAAGAAGUCAAGAAUCCCUCAUCACAUAG